GCCAUUCACAGACGUUUUACGUCAUUUCAUUGCGGAAACCUCUAAGCUACGCAUUUAUCGUUAGAAAUUUACCUUUGGCAGCAGGUGAGGUCAAAUGCAGAGGAACAGAGCGGAAGAGGUUCGCUGACAGGUGAAGGAGAACAUUUUACCUGAGGAACUAAAGAGGAGCAAAAUGGAGAAUAGUAAAACGGCGCUGGCUGAGAGCCUAAAAAUAUGGCUACAGACUUUCAACACUACUGCACCUUGCAGAACAAUGGAGGAUCUCACCACUGGAGCAGCGAUCUCACAGGCACUGCAUCAGAUAGACCCAGUGUGGUUCAGUGAUGGGUGGCUGAGUCGUCUCAAAACAGAUGUUGAUGAGAACUGGAGACUGAAGAUGAACAAUCUGAAGAAAAUCCUUCAGAUGGUGGUUGACUAUUAUAAUGAGGUUUUAACUCAGGAAAUCUCAGACUUUUCUUUGCCGAAUGUGUCCCUGGUGGCUGAGCACGCUGACCCGGUGGAGCUGGGGAGGCUGCUGCAGCUCAUCCUGGGCUGUGCUGUCAGAUGUGAGCGCAAACAAGAAUAUAUUCAGAUCAUCAUGACGCUGGAGGAGUCUGUGCAGCAUGUGGUAAUGACUGCGAUCCAGGAGCUGAUGAUCAAAGAGCCUGUGACCCCGUUUGGAGCAGGGCUGUCAGGGAACUUGGAGCAGCAGCUGAAAAAAGCCCUUGAGGAGCUUUCUGACCUUCACUCAGAAAAGGAAGCAUUGGCCCAACGUUGUCAGGAGCUGGACAUGCAGGUGGCUGUUCUUCAGGAGGAGAGAAACAGCUUACUGGCUGAGAACGAUGUCCUGACAGACCGAACCAAUCAGCUAGACACGUUUGAUGACCUGAGCACGCCCUCAGGCAGAAAAUACAGUCAGCUGCAGCAACAACUGGAGAGUCUGCAGGAAGAAAACUUCAGACUGGAGGCAGCCAAGGAUGACUAUCGGAUCCACUGCGAGGAGUUGGAGAAGCAGCUGAUUGAGCUUCAGCACCGAAACGAUGAUCUCACAAGCCUGGCAGAGGAAUCACGGGCUUUAAAAGAUGAGCUGGAUGUUCUGAGGAGCUGCUCGGAUCGAGUGGUGAUGCUGGAGGCCUCAGUGGAAACCUACAAGCGUAAGCUGGAGAAUCUUGGGGAUCUAAAGAGACAAAUGAAGCUGCUGGAGGAGAAUAACAUGACCUACAUGCAAAACACCGUCAGUCUGGAGGAGGAGCUGCGCAAAGCCAAUGCUGCUCGUGCACAACUCGAAACAUACAAAAGACAAGUCCAGCAGCUGCACAAGAAGCUGUCUGAAGAGACGAGGAGAGCAGACACCAUGGCUUUUGAGAUGAAAAAAUUAGAGGAAAAACAUGAAACUGUGAUGAAAGAAAAAGAGAGGAUCAUCAUCGAGAGAGAGUCUCUGAAAGAAAUCAACGAGGAGCUUCGAUGCACUCAGGCUCAGGAGCGCCAGUUCUCUCAAGCAGGGAUGUUUCCCUCUAACAGCCCUAGCCACGAAAACCUGGCAGCAGAGUUAUUACCUAUUGAAUACAGAGAAAAGUUCAUCAGGCUGCAGCACGAGAAUAAGAUGCUGAGGGUGCAGCAGGAAGAAUCUGAACGGGAGAGAAUCGCUGCUCUGCAGGCUCAGCUGGAGGAAGCUGAUAAGACCCGCAGUAACCUGGAAACGGACAACAGACUGAGCCGGGAGCGAGUCGGCGAGCUGCAGCAACAGGUUGAGGAUCUGCAGAAGGCUCUGCAGAGCCAGGCAACUAAACCUGAUGAUUCAAAUCUCAAGCGGAAACUGGAUGCUCACAUGAUCCAGCUGAACGAAGCUCAGGAUGAAAUCAUGAAGAAGAAGGAGCUGCUGGAGGACCUUCAGCCUGACAACACUCAAGCCUCUCUGAAGCUGGAUGAGCUGAUGGCCGCUCUGAAGAAGAAGGAUGAUGACAUGAAAGCCAUGGAAGAGAGAUACAAGAUGUACCUGGAGAAAGCACGCAAUGUUAUACGAGCGCUGGACCCAAAGCUGAAUCCUGCUACUGCUGAGAUUCAAGCUCUGAGGAAUCAGUUAGCAGACCGGGACAAAGAGAUUCUCAGCCUUGAACGUCAGUGUGAGCAGGCCCGACUGAGGGAGUACGAGGAGAAGCUGAUAGUCACAGCCUGGUAUAACAAGAGUCUAAACUUCCAGAAGUUGGCAAUUGAAUCCCGUCUCGCCGGCCGCACCCCUUCUGCACUGUCCCCCACCCAGUCCUUCCUGUCUCAUCAGCGCCAAGUCUCAAACGCCCCUCGCAGGGCUGCUUCCAUCAGCGUGCCCACCGCUACCGCCAAGUAGGACGCACCAGCGCCGUGCAUCUCACAUUCCUCAAACAAGACGAAAAUACACAAUCCUUCAACAAGUGACCUUAAACACCUCUACGCUCAGCCUUGGAGGAGGGUUCAAGGGUCAGCUGGCUGGGUUAAAUGGCUACCUAUCUGAGGUUAUGGUAGAGUAGCUAGUGACUGAACUUUACUGAAGAACAUAACCCCGAGUUCACCUCCUGAGCCACAGCAACACAUCGUCCCGGGUGUAGAUUAGCAGUGAACGUCCUCCCUGAUCUAUUUAUAGCUUUUCCACCAGCCUAUAGAGCAGAAUCAUCCGUUUGUGGGCUUUCGUUUCUCUAUAUGUAGAUGAUGAAUGUGGGCCUGUUAUUAUAAUGAAGUUCAGUUCAACCUAAUACAAAGACAGUAGAUGUGUGCAUGACAUGUAUCUUCAUGCAGUCGUCCUGCAGACUGAAUGAACUUCAGUAGAACAUAGUUUACUUUAAGACAACAUCUGUUGCAGGACACCAACUAUUUAAUCAGGCACCAAACAUUUUCUACUAAAAUGCAAUAAGGCCAUUACUUCACAUGCAGUGAAAUCAAUUAAAAUCAACAUCUGAGGUGCUGCAGCAGCAAACCUUAGGACCUAAGGCCUGUAGUGUUUUAUUGGUGCUUCUGUAAAUAUCAGGAUCUUUUUAUUCACUACAGCCCAGAUUCUUAUUUAGUAACCAAAGCUGUGAUUCAGAGAUAUGUAUGAUUCAGCACCAGCUUUUGAUCGGAGUUUAAACCAGGUAAAGCACUCGCACAACAACGAUUAUGUGUGACGUGAGAGUUUUUGAUGUUUUCAGGUAAUUGCUUUUAUUUGUAGGCUGUUAAAUAAGCAGUUUGUGUAAACGAUGCUGCAAAGGCAGGAAUACUGCAGGUGUCUAGUUUUUUCACUUGUAUGUUUGCAGUAACACUUAAGUAUUUAGUUCUGAUUCUGCCACAUAGUUACUAUAAAUCUAUGUAUAUUUUUUGUUUUCUCUGCAGCUAGUGAUUGUUAUAGCACUAAUAGGAAAGCAAAGUCACUCAUAAUAAAGUACAAUCAAAUGUAGAACAGGAGCCACAUGGAUAUGUGUGUGUACGUUAUGAAAGAAAGUUGCUGGAAGUCAGAAAUUUGGGACUUUUCUGUUAAUAAAUUCUUUUUUUAAAUGA